AAGAAGUAAACCGCUAGUUGACAAGUUAUUAAAAAUGAGCGGGGAAAAGGCUGAAAAAGCCAAAAUAUCUACACAAAUUAAACAUGUGCCAAAGGAUGCACAAGUUAUAAUGUCCAUAUUGAAGGAAAUGAACAUACAGGAGUACGAACCAAGGGUAGUAAAUCAGCUGCUGGAAUUCACAUUUCGUUAUGUGACCUGCAUAUUGGACGAUGCCAAAGUCUAUGCGAACCAUGCGCGCAAAAAGACCAUUGAUCUGGAGGAUGUAAAACUAGCCACAGAAAUGGCGCUGGACAAGAGCUUCACAGGUCCACCAUCGCGACAUGUUCUGGCAAAGGUGGCCGAGCAGCGCAAUUCGAUGCCCUUGCCACCGAUCAAGCCGCAUUGUGGCUUACGUUUGCCACCAGACCGUUACUGCCUAACCGGCGUCAACUACAAGCUGCGCGCCACAAAUCAACCGAAGAAAAUGACCAAAUCGGCGCUGGAGGGGCGCACUAUAAAGACUGUGGUUAAGCCCGUCUCUAGCGCCAAUGGACCCAAACGCGCACAUCCGAUAGUGGGCAAACAGCAAGUCGUUACCAUUCCCAAGCCAGUCAUUAAGUUUACAACAACAACCAAAACCGUCUCCGCCGUAGAGGUGAAAAAUGAACCGGCUGGAGGGGACAUGAAAAUGGAGGUGGACACAGACGCCGCAGCUGUGGGCAGCAUUGCUAGUAGCAGCGUGGCCGUAAAACGGGAGCGUGAUGAGGACGAUUUCGAGUUUGUAGGCAAUUAGAUGAACAUUCGCAUACAAAUAUAUAUAUUCGAAUAAAUUCAAUGUGCUUACGAACUAAACAAAUACAGGAA